ACGAAGGGGGUGCGGAGAAGUGCGACAGAAGGAGGGAGGGUUAAGUUGUGCCAUCGGAGCGCAGAGGUGUUAGUUCAUAUCGACAGAACCGGCAGAGACAUAGGGGGGGAGAGAGUUUGGACUAUCACCACCAGAUGCACUUGUGUCUUUUCUUCUUUCGUUUUAACUUCCAUCCAUGUUGCUUAUAUCCAUUGCACACCGACAUCCACUUUCGUUGCGUUUUAUGAAGCGGAUUUUAAAAAGAACAUUCUCAACAGAUGUCAGACUCCGUUAGUGCCUCAGGUCAUCUAGGUGUUUUACGCACAGCUGGUGUUUAAAACUGAGCUGGGGCAAGAUUGAGGGGAUUCAGAGGCACUGCACUUCAAGAGACUUUAUUUUUUGUCAAGUUGCUAAAGGAAGCGGCUCCUCCAAGUGGAUUACUAUCAUUUCCUAAAUGUUUCCCCAGAGGAGGCUCUUCGCAUUUCCAUUUCUUGGCCGAGGAAGGAUGGAUGUGAGAAUGAACCCAGGACACCUACUUCUGGCAGUGACCCUCAUUGUCUGCAACUCACAGCUGCUGGUGGUCGCCAACUCAUGGUGGUCAUUAGCCAUGAACCCCAUCCAGAGACCGGAGAUGUACAUCAUUGGAGCACAGCCUCUGUGCAGCCAGCUGACAGGCCUGUCUCAGGGUCAGAGGAAGCUCUGCCAGCUCUAUCAGGACCAUAUGGUUUAUAUUGGAGAGGGGGCGAAGACGGGCAUCAAGGAGUGUCAGUAUCAGUUCAGGCAAAGGCGAUGGAACUGUAGCACAGUGAACAACACUUCAGUGUUCGGCCGCGUCAUGCAGAUAGGCAGCAGAGAAACAGCUUUUACUUACGCCAUCAGUGCAGCGGGUGUCGUGAACGCUGUGAGUCGAGCGUGCCGUGAGGGCGAGCUCUCCACCUGUGGCUGCAGCCGAGCGGCUCGUCCCAGGGACCUCCCGAGAGACUGGCUAUGGGGCGGCUGCGGGGACAACGUCCACUACGGCUACCGUUUCGCCCGGGAGUUUGUCGACGCCCGUGAGCGCGAGAAGAACUACCCUCGUGGAUCGGUCGAGCAUGCAGGCACGCUUAUGAAUCUACAGAACAAUGAAGCUGGGAGAAUGGCAGUGUACAAUCUGGCCAACGUCGCAUGCAAGUGUCACGGAGUCUCCGGCUCAUGCAGUCUGAAAACCUGUUGGCUCCAGCUGGCCGACUUCCGUCGCGUGGGAGAGUUCCUGAAGGAGAAGUACGACAGCGCCGCCGCCAUGCGCCUCACCCGACGGGGCAAGCUGGAGCUGGUCAACAACCGCUUUAACACCCCGACGAGCGAGGACCUGGUCUACACUGACCCCAGCCCGGACUACUGCCUGCGAAACGAGACCACCGGCUCUCUGGGCACCCAGGGCCGCCUGUGCAACAAGACCUCGGAGGGCAUGGACGGCUGCGAGCUCAUGUGCUGCGGUCGCGGCUACGACCAGUUCAAGACCUACAAACAUGAGCGCUGCCACUGCAAGUUCCACUGGUGCUGCUACGUCAAGUGCAAACGCUGCACGUCGCUCGUAGACCAGUUCGUGUGCAAGUAGCAGCCUAGGGAACGGGACAGACGCCCUGGAGAGGCACUGAGCAAUUAGCGGGAGAAGCACGGGACCCUUAACGGACCCAGAGGGGGAACUUAGAGAUAAUGAAAUGUAAAAUGAUAUAUUAAAUAGCAACAAAUGAAAGUAUAUAAGUAAGUGUACGUGUGCCGUUGAUAGUAAUUUAAUGACCUUUUCUGACUCAAGAAUCAAAAGUUGGACGUCAUUGAUGAAAAGGAGGCACCGGUGUGAUGUAUUCUGACUCGAGCUGUUGUUCUCUCCGUCUUUGAAUUCAGAGAGGCACGCACUCUUUGCUCGUUCUAAAAGGAAGAGCCUACAAACUCUUUAGAGACUCUAGAGGGAUCAAG